AUGGCGAUAUCUGAUGCGGUGGCGAGGAACUUCAGCACCAUCUUCGUGGGUCUCAUGGCGUGUUUUGAGGCCUAUGGCUUUGCUUCGGGGAGAAGGUUUAGCGGCGGUUAUGUUGUGAUUGUGUCCACCGCCGCGGUCAUUCUCUUCCUCGUGGCAACGCUCACGUGGGACGUCUCGCGUAAGGCCACGUGUGCCUUUCACAGAGACCACGCUGACAGCCAAGAGGAUGUGUGCAAGGGAGGUAUCUGUUGGCACGGCGUCGCGCCGCGAUCCCCAGCCUCUCAGGUCCGUGUCAGACUUCCCAGCCACCUUCCCUUAGCCCCUUUGUAA